AUGCAAAGAGUUUCACGUCGGACAAGUUUCGGUUCGACCACAAGUUUACGGAGGAGUAGUGUGUCCGCCAAAGAUAUACAAGCUAUACAAGCGGCUCUACAGAAACAGCAGCGGCUAUCAAGUCAAGUCGUUCUUUUAUUACUUCCUUUAAUUCCACUAAUUUCAUUCAUCUAUUUAUAUUCAAUUCAUCUUCAUCAGGCAAGGUUCAUUGUGACGAUGAAAGCUUUGUUCAGUCGAUGGCCAUUUCUUCUUCAGAUCUUCCCUCCUGUAUACGAUUUAAUUGCCUGGAAGAUUGUUUUAAUCUUUCUUUCUCUUCAAUUACUUUUUCAUUCGUUUCUUCCCCAUGAUGUUGUCAAGAUCACAUCAUCCUCUGGAGAGUAUAAUCGAAAUGUAAAUGGUUUCGCUUCCUUCGUUCUUAUCUCCCUCUUAUAUAUCAUGGGCAGUCUAUUAGGUCUCUACAGGGGCGAUAUUCUAUUCCUAAGAUUCAACUCGGUCUUACUCAUAUUCUCUAUCCUUGCCCUCUUAACGAUCGCGAUUCUCUGUGUUUGUUAUAGACUUGGAGAGACAUAUAACAUUACGACUAUUCAGGAGUUCUAUUUCGGGAUUGACGUUCAUCCCAUGAUACUUGAUAUCGAUAUCAAAUACUUCACGAGAUCAAGGAUAACUUAUGCUAUCUGGCCUCUUUUCAUUAUUUCAGCUCUUUUCUAUCAAUACACAGCAAGGGGGAAAAUUACGAAAGCUUUGAUUGGACUUGCAACCACGCAGCUUCUGUACAUAGCAAAGUAUCAUUGGAAUGAGGACUUAGCUAUGAGUUUUUUGGAUGAGCGUCGAGCUCACUGCGGAUUCUUUCGACUCUGGUCAGAUUUAGUUUUCAAUCCAUUAGUCUAUUCCUCACCAAUUGUCAUGACAGCUUAUUCUGCUCAGCACUUAUCAUUGCUAACUUGCUCCAUAUUCACAUUGAUCGGCAUAACUGCAAUAACGCUAACAGCGAUGAUUGAUCGUCAGAAAUUUGAAUUUCGUGCUUCAAAGGGAGCGCUCAAAAUCAAAGGAGUAGAUGCUUUCUUCAUCGCUGCAAAAUAUAAAACUGAAAGCGGUGAAUCAGCAGCCAAUUUACUUCUCGGAAGUGGAUUUUGGUCAUACUGCCGACAUCCGAAUUAUGUAAUGGAGAUCUUGACUUUCUUUUCUUUUGUAUUAUUUCAAGGCGAAUCUCCUCUUCUAAGUUAUUUUCCAUUGAUCUACGUGACGGGUUUUUUAUUAGUUCGUUUGUUCAAUGAUGAGUCCCGAUGUUUAGCUAAGUACGGUCAAUAUUGGCUACAAUACACAAACAAAGUUCCUUUUAAAAUUUUACCGGGAGUCUUCUAA